AUGAUUCUUCCAAAUCGAAAUGACAUGAAGUGGUCCAGGAUUGGGACGGCAAUUCAUCAAAGAAACCCGAAACAUAUUUUUGAAAGAGUACGAAUUCUGCUUCAUGGGAAGCCUAAUUUCUGCACCAAAUUGGCAUGUAUCAUCAAGCAUGGAGGUGGACAUGUGUUCAAAACUCUUCAUGGGUUACUACGGAACAUUGAUGAGGAAAGAACUUUGGUUGAAGCUAUUGUAGUCGAAGAUAAAGCUACUAUAUCACGUCACCUCAAGCAUUGUGCCAAAGAGCGGGAUAUUCCGAUGAUGCCUUUCAGCUGGAUCAUUAAGAGCUUAUAUUGUGGAAAGUUACUUCCUUUCAGGGAAGAAAAGACUAUACAUCCUUUGCCAUUUGUUAAAGUGUCUGAACUUCCAAAUGCUUUGGAUAUGAGUGAAGAAAUAUAA